UUUGAGCUGUUGGUGACAGCAACAUUUACACACCACCGAGUUUUAUUCACUGGGCUUCCUCUCUGAAAACAUGAGCACAGAUUUCUCCAUGAACGCAGAGGAGAGCCCGGAGCCCUGUAAGGCAGAAGUUGAGGGGAGUAUUCCCGGCUGGCUCCAGGGCACACUGCUGCGCAAUGGCCCCGGAAUCUUUUCUGUGGGGGACACCAGCUACAACCACUGGUUUGAUGGGAUGGCUAUAAUGAACAGCUUCGCCAUAAAAGAUGGGGAAGUGACCCACAGAAGCAGAUAUCUAAGAAGUGACACCUACAAGUCUAACAUGGCUGCAAACAGAAUAGUUGUAUCUGAAAUGGGAACAAUGGCGUACCCAGACCCAAGCAAGAAUUUUAUUUUCAAGGUGAUUACCUUUCUCAACCACACAGUGCCCGACUUUACUGACAACGGCGCCAGCAAUUUCAUGAAAUACGGAGAGGACUAUUACGCCACCUCUGAAACUAACUACAUCCGCAAGAUCGAUCCUGUGACACUGGAAACUCAGGACAAGGUGGACUACCUGAAGUACUUGCCGUUAAACUUGGCUACUUCACAUCCACACUACGACAAAGUGGGCAACGCAUAUAAUUUUGGGACUUCAAUAGCAGAGAAGGGCAAGACGAGAUACCUACUGUUCAAAGUCCCUGCUGAUCCUAAGAAAGAAAAAGGCAAGAAUGUCCCUGCGUUGAAGAAUGCGGAGGUGAUCUGCACAGUUCCCUGCCACUCCAUGCUCACACCCAGCUACUACCACAGCUUCGGCAUGACGGACAACUACUUCAUCUUCCUCGAGCAGCCUUUGAAACUGGACAUCCUCAGGAUGGCCACUGCCUACAUGAGGGGAUCCAACUGGGCGAGCUGCAUGAAAUUCUUUCCCGAGGAAAAUACUCUAAUCCACCUGAUAGACAGAAAGACUGGCAAAGAGGUUGAGACAAAGUACUACACAGGGGCAAUGGUCAUCUACCAUCACGUGAAUGCUUUUGAGGACGAAGGUCAUGUAAUCUUCGAUGUCAUUGCGCACAGCGACAACAGCCUUUAUGAUGAUUUCUACCUGCGCAAGCUGAAGGAAAUCAAUAACGACCCCUACUCCAAACCAAAAUACAAACGAUUUGUACUUCCCAUCCAGUCAGACAAGGGAGUGGCAGUUGGAGAGGACCUCGUCAAACUCAAGUACACAACAGCCAGCGCUGUGAAGGAGAAAGAAGGCAAACUGAUGUGCCAGGCAGAGGUGUUAUGGCAAGGUUUGGAAUUGCCCAGAAUCAAUUAUGAUUUCAACGGCAGAAGGCACCGCUUUAUCUACAGCAACAGUGUGGAGGAGUCUGCACUGACAAAAGAGAUUGCCAAGUUGGACACAGAAACCAAGGAAAUGGUUUGCUGGAGUGAGGACAACUGCACGCCGUCAGAGCCCGUGUUCGUCCCAAGACCAAAUGGAGAGUCAGAGGACGAUGGUGUGGUCUUAGCUUCAGUUAUUAACUCCAACCCAGGCCAGUCUUGUUUCUUACUUAUUCUUGAUGGCAGAACAUUAAAAGAAGUGGCUCGAGCAUACGUGAAAGCUACGCUCCACAGGGAUAUGCAUGGCUUUUUUAUCCCACAUGGAAAUUAGUUAGUUAUUAUG